GCACCAGGUAGCUCUUUCAGUAACCAACUGCAUCGAGGCGUCUUCAAGCACUCACUCACUCACAUGCAUGCAAACACAUGCACAGCACACACAUCAGAGUCCUUCCUGGGUGAGUGCAGCGUCAAGGUCGCAUGGUGGGUUGGUGCGUGGUGGUGCGAUAUAGAUUGGUCGAAGUGUCACUUCGCCAUUUGUAGAAUGCUUAUUUAUUGGAUGCUGUCAUCCCAAUGUCUCCCACCAUCCACCCUCCUCAGGCAAGACAGACAGACAGACAGAGCCGGCAAGAUGGAUGGGCCUCCCACCAUCCAUCCAUCCAUCCACCCUCCACACACAUGAAUGGAACCCAUCCUCACACAUGAAUGAAUGAAUGAAUGUCAUCUCUUUGUGUCUGCCCCUCCACCACCCCUCCCUCCCUCCCUCCCGGUCAACCAGCCAGCCAUGUAUGAUCCCUCGACGAGUCCCCUGCUUGAUUGAGGUCAGGAGGGGGAAUCAGCCAACCCAACAACACACAACACACAAGCACGGAGCACCACACGACACAGCACAGCACAAGACACAGCACUGCCAACAAAUACAUACAGCCCCCACGGAUGGAUGUACAUAUGAUGAUAUGUCCCUGCCAGCUGCUCUCCCCGUGUGUGCGCCGCGGGACAACACCAGAAUGAAUAGCCAAUCGAUCUACAAUUGGGGCGCACACGAGGGCAGACCAAGACAGACAGACAAGCCAGGUGAGCUCUACAUCCGCCGUACAUUCAUUCAAACGUGCAGACAGACACCUUCAUUAUGGACGGACAUGAAUGAACAUGUACGCACCCCCCCUUUAUCUGCCUCUCCCCGCACCAAGCGAGAAGAGACACACCUCAGCUCAUGUGUCGCAUCCAUCCAUCCACUCACGCAUCCUCGUGUGGCUCAUCUAAAGCCAAACGCAUCACGUAUUUUACUUGUAACAUUUUCUUCGACUGCCCUCCCCAUGACUUCCCCCUGACGUCCGACUUCGCUUGCAGCCUCGCCGAUGUUCCUCCCGAUCUCAGGUCUCUUCUCUCGGCCAAACUUCUCGCCCCUUUUCGCCCCUGCCCAGGCGCCAGCAGCCAUUCCGACGGCCGCCCCGGUUGCGCUUCCAUACCUCUCGCCCAGGCGUUCGCCCUCAUUGCCCAAGUCGUGGCCAUGCUUAUUGCCAAUCCCAAUGGUAUGUCUGCUGUGGUAGUAGUCGUCUUCGAUCUCAUGGGCAGGCGGAGUAUUCUCUGCGACAUUCUUGAUUGUCUCGACCGCAUCGACUAGGUCACCGAAAUCCUCAAUCUCGGGCAGCUCGAUGCCGAAUGGACCAAGGCGACGCAGUCCCGGCCUUUUCAAGUCUUCAUCCGCCUUGACGGAAACGCCAGACCUGCAGCAGGCAAGACAGACAGACAGGCAGACAGACAGACAGGCGUAUGGUGCAUCAUGUGUGUGUGUGGGCUCGUGUGUGUGUUUCCUUCUCUUACUUCUCUUGUGUGGCCUUGUCACGCAGAGAGCGGAGCACAUUGGGCGCAGCCUUGACAUUGUCAGCGGGGCUUCCAGACACCACCGCGGCGAUGACCAGCAGGGCGACAGCCGACAUCAUGACGAAGCGAACCAU